GAUAGCUGGAGAUGGGGAGGGUGAAGUUGGAAGCUCAACAAUCCAAGAACACAAUAAAUCAUUUCAGUCAUCCCCACACUUUAGAGCUAAUCACUCAUCAAUAUUUUGCUCCAUCACAGCUAUGUUCAGGCUGCAAGAUUCAAGCCAUUGGAUCAGUCUACACUUGCAAAUCUUGCAACUUUUUUCUCCACCCUGAAUGUUCCCAAAUGUCUCAGCAAAUCACUCAUCCAUUUGACAAAGAACACAAUUUGACUCUCCUCCCAAAGCCCAUUUACCCUGAAGGGAAUUUCCAGUGUGAUGCAUGUGGGGAAACUGGGGAUGGCUUUUCUUACCACUGCAAAACUUGUGGCACUGAUCUUCACAUACUAUGUGCAGUUCUCCCACAAUGUGUCAUUCAUUGGUCUCAUCAUCACCAGCUCGAGCUUCAAUUUUCGCCUCCUUAUCCUGAUAAAUCGUUCUGUUGUGAUAUUUGUAAGAAUCUUGGUGCCAAUCACUGGCUUUAUAGAUGCCAUACUUGUGGUUUUGAUGCGCAUUUGAAUUGUACAAAGUUACAAAGUCCACCACAUCAAAGUCGUUUCCAUCAACACCCAACAACAAGUACUAAUUCUAGGUCUGCUCCUCAGCAGCAUCAAACGUCUGGCGUGGACCAGCAUCAUUCUGCAGGGGUAUAUCAUAUGAAUCAGGGGAUUAACAACGGCACUACUGUUGUACCGCCAUUAGGGGCUAGGCAGAACGAUGAAAUUUCGCCCCAAGAAAUUCUGCGAAAGCAAAUGGAAGAUCAGGAUAAAUUGAUGGCAGAGAUGAUCAUGGGUGCCGUUUCUCAUCAGACUCAACAACUAAACCAACUCAUUGAUGUAGGGCUAAAUCAUCCGAAUCAAGGUACUAACAACGGAACUGCUGCUGCACCACAAUUCGGGGCAAGUCAGAACAAUGAAAUGUCGCUCCCUGAAAUUCUGCGAAAACAAAGAGAAGAUCAGGAUAAAAUGAUACAAGAAAUGAUCAUGGGUGCUACUUCUCGGCAUAAUCAACAACUAAGCCAGCUCAUAGCUGCAAGUUCUAGGCAGAACCAAGAAAUAAACCAGCAAUUCAACCAAACACUUAUGAAUUAUGCCUCUGCUGGUGCAGGACAAGGAGGAAUGCCAAAUGUAUACCAAAAUAUGAUGGGUGCUGGUGGAUUUAAUAACGGUGGAGCUGGAAACAUCUUACAAGCAUUAUCAGGUGGUGGUGGAAUUGGUGGUUUGGAUUUGAGUGCAUUGUUUGGAAACCUCAACUUAUGAAAAUUAUUUCAGAACUCUCAGAUAAAAAAACAGUGAAAAGACUCUUAAUUUUAUUGCUAAAAUAUUUCGAUUUCCUAUUUCGAAUCAUUUCCGCUACAGGCAAGGAACAAUAAGCAAUAAACACCUUUGUGCCUCUGCUAACUAUCUGUAAUGUAAUUCAUAUUUGCACAUGGUUUUUGUGAAUUUAAAGUUAUUAUUGAUUUGA